UUCUGCUUCAUGGUCAGUUCUCUCCUAAAGAAGCCUAAGACCACUUCAUUUGUUGUCUUCUUCUUGAUGUUUACUCUUGGAGCCAUCAGCAUUGUUCUGUUGAUCAAUUUAGUUCCUGCAGCUUUGAAAUGGACUUUGAGUGUGUUCUGCCCCUUCGCCUUUGGUGUUGAACUGUCAAAGAUUCUUCAUGUUCAAAAAUAUGGAGGAAACUUCACCUUGUCUAGCCUAAUGCAUGAACCAUGCACAUAUAUCCUGGUUUUUGACGGUACUUUAUAUAUGUUGCUGGCCCUCUAUUUUGACAAGGUCAUACCCGACAAAUAUGGCGUGCCCUAUCCUCCCUUCUUUUUCCUGAAGAAGUCCUACUGGUUUAAAUCAAGAGGAAGCUAUACCAGCACUGCUCUUACAAAUGAACCAAGCCAUGGUAAUAUCUUCAGUGACAAUGCUGAGCCUGUGCCUCCUGAAUUUGAUGGAAAGGAAGCCAUUAGACUAAAUAACAUUAAAAAAACUUACAAAGAGAAGAGCAAGGAAACAGAAGCUUUGAGAGGCUUGUCCUUGGAUAUUUAUGAAGGUCAAAUCACUGCAGUUCUUGGUUGUAGUGGAGCUGGGAAAACAACACUGCUAAACAUCCUUAGUGGACUUCUGAAGCCAUCUGAUGGCUCUGCGACCAUCUUCAAGUACAAUAUAUCAGCAAGGGAAGAUAUGGAACAAAUUAGGGAGAUAAGUGCUGUGUGCCCACAAUUCAAUGUGCAAUUUGAAUUCCUAACACUGAAAGAAAAUUUACGGACUUUUGCUAAAAUAAAGGGGAUUCCAAACAAUGAUAUUGAGAAUGAGGUGCAAAAGCUAGUGACCCUCUUGGAUCUCGAUGCCAUUCAAGACACCCAAGCUAAUCGUUUAAGUGGUGGGCAAAAGCGAAAAUUAUCUCUCGCGAUUACUUUCUUGGGAGAGCCACAGGUCUUAUUCUUAGAUGAACCAACUGUAGGGCUGGAUCCUUACUCUCGACACCAAGUGUGGGCCCUCCUGAAUGAGCGCAAAGCAGGUCGGGUGAUUCUGCUCACCACUCAGUUAAUGGAUGAAGCUGAUAUUCUUGCUGACCGGAAAGCAUUUAUCUCUCAGGGCAGGCUGUCUUGUGUUGGUUCAUCUUUAUUCUUGAAGAAAAAAUGGGGUGUUGGCUACCAUUUAAGGAUGCAUGUAAAUGAAUUGUAUGACCCCGAGAGAACAACAUCCCUGGUCAAGCAAUACAUCCCUGCUGCCAAAUUAUCAGCACAACAUGAAAAUGAGCUGAGUUAUAUACUGCCCUUGGAAAAUGUGGAUAAAUUUCCAGAUCUGUUCUCUGACAUGGACCGCCAGAAAGAACUAGGAAUUGUUAAUUAUGGGGUUACCAUGACAACUCUGGAAGAUGUCUUCUUGAAGCUGGAGGGAAAUGAAAUGAUUGAUGAGAAAGAGGGGCCAAAGGGUGCUGACGAAAUGGAACAAGAUCUGCUAUUGCUCUCAAACACGGGAAAGGCAACCAUAAGCGGAUCAGAACUCUGGAGGCAACAAGUUUGCGCCAUGGCAAGAAUGCAUUUUUUAAAUCUCAAGCGCGAGAGCAAACUCUGGGGAACGCUACUGCUCCUUUUUGGAAUUUUGCUGGCACCUUUAGCCAUCCAGGUGCUGUUAUAUACUAUUUGGAGGAGCCUGCAUUGUGCAGAGCUACAACCUGGGCUUUAUUUUGAGCCAGGAAAGGAGUCUUUCAGAGGGUCUGCUGGACUUCUGAUCCUUAAUAAUACAGGUGCAAGCAUUGACAAUUUCAUCCAAGCAGUGAAGAAUCAGAAUGUCCUGGUAGAAGUUGUCUCUGGCAAAAAUGUCAGUGACCAACUAGUGCACAAUGGGGCUAUAAUGGUAGCCCUUGAAGACAAGAAAUACAGAUUCACACUUAUAUGCCACAUGGAAGUGACCAAUUGCUUUCCAGUGCUUGUCAACAUCAUCAGCAAUGCACGCCUGCGAAUGUUAAAUUCCGCUGCCCAUAUUCGAAUCUGGAGUCACAUGUUUCUAUUUCAAUUUAGUAGCAAACAGCUAUGGAUCUUUUUAUGUAACAUGUGCAUGUUUGGGGUAUUUAUAUACCCUACCUUUCCAGCACAUUUUGCGAUGAUGAGCGGUCGUUACUACAAGGUAAAGUAAUUAAACAUGCAUGAAACUUAUU